GCGAUACUUGUUCGUCCAGUUCUCAUACCCGUACUACCACCCGGAAACGGACGAAUCAGCUGGAAGAUAUCACUCUCUCGACAAUUUGUAGUGUAUGCACGAAGAUAAUUGGCCAGGGAGGUUUUGUAGCGAAGGAGGGAAGAACACCGCUGUCUUUUACGGUCGAAGUCAUAUGCACUGCUUGCAACGCGAAAUAUAAACGAUGCACAAAUUGCGGAGGAGGAUCAAGCAGAGGGGGCAUCGGCAAGUGGAGGUGCAUGGAGCUAUUUGAAGGCAAUCGUAAAACAUGUAGGCUCUCUCACGACAGAUUAGGUGCCCGCGACAUGGAGCUUUCAGUGUGGGAGGUUCCUGGCGACGUAGAAGGAAAGGAAGAGUGGCCCGCAGUAGUCGACGCUUGUGAGAGCUUAUGGAAAGACCAUUACAUGGCUCGGCUCGGUACGCCAGAGGUGCUCGAGCAUUCGUCAUCCUUGCGCACUUUCAAAGACAUCGAAGAAAAAUGUAUGAAAAGGGGCUAUCUGGGGCGGAAGGUCUGGGAAGAAGGGCCAAUGACUCCGAAUACCCGUAUAUAUACGGCUCUGACAUGGGCAAAGACACGAGCGAGGCGAGACAAGUCUGCAGCAGAUUGGACCAAGUCUAGUUCGGAGGAGAAGUCGAUGGACAAGUGGAUUGCAUUCAAUACCCGCUGGGGAGAUACUUUAAUGCCUCCGAAUGCGAUUCUUUGCGCUCAAUGGUUCUGUGAAUGGAAUAUCAGAGACCGCACAUUGAUAUUUCUAUCCGCUACUCCAUUCGACAGACAGGAAGUUCAGGACCGUGCGGCGUUCUCCAUCAACGCCACCCGUAUGCGUGUCUUUACAGACAUCGAGAAACACAAUCGCGAAUUUCCAGAUGAUCCAUGGGGGCAUCCAUUACAUAUAUGGACUUCCCUAAAAUAUACUGUCGAACCUCUCCGUUCGCGCAUUAUAGACAUCAUACAAGUCAAAUUCCAAUCGCUGCCCUUAGAGGAAUACCUACUACGCUACCCCGAUACUGAUCGGGCCUUGUUCUCCGCCACCCACACAACCAUCGGCAGGGUUGCGAACGAACAUCCUUCAGCAGAUGAACAGGACAGAGGGCUCGACGUCUACGUGAGACAUUGGGGCUCCGAUGCGAACGUGGACGCGCUCUCGAAACAGAUGGAGGGGAUGUUGGCGAGGAAGCCUAGAGCAUAUGCGGAGUCCUGAGAGGCAAUUUAGAUGAUACGGCGUUGAUGAUGAGCUACCACUGGGUUUGGGAUAGUUAGACAUAUAGAGCAUUUUUCUUUAGAAUGAACCUCUCCAUAGCGCACGGACUGUCUACACGUACUUAUACUAUAUCACCUUGAACCAAGGCGAA